AUGUUUUUGACCGGAUACUUCGAUGAUCAAAUAUACAGAAAAGUCACUAUUGUCUCUUUUUUUCUUCUCUUCCUUCUAUAUGACCGUUUAGGUGGCAGCACCGGCAGCCUACUCGGCGGCGUCAUAGUGCCCGGCGGUAGUGGUGGCACCCCUAGUAAUAGUAGUAGCAACAACAACAACAACAACAGCAACAACCAACAACAAGUAGACCAACAGUCAUCACCACACCACCUCCUCCAACAACAACAACAACAUCAUUCCACACCACAUACCAACAGUCCACAACAACAACAACAACAACAACAGCAACUGAAGCAGGAACAGCUGAAGCAAUCGGGCGGUGGCAGCAGCAAGUCCAGCGACCUGCACAUUGCAGCUGGCAGCGAACGCAGCUUGUCCCGAUCCUCGCAAGGCAUUGCAGAGGCAGGUGGUCACAGUGCCACGCCCUCGCCAUCGCCCAUCGCCUAUCAUAAGCGCGAAAGGGAGCGUGAACGCGAGCGGGAAAGAGAAAGGGAACGGGAACGAUCACUUGACCAUGAAAGGGAUUUGGAGAGAUCGACAGGCGGAGGGGGAUCGCCACCACCACCGCCGCCCUCGCACCACUCGCACUUUGGCCAGCAUCCGCUGUCGCUGUUGCCCAGCCAUCAUCAGUUGCAUGCCACACAUCACGAGCUAAGCGCCGCCGCCGCCCACCAUGCCCAUGCCCAUGCGCACGCCGCCCAUGCCCAUGUUUUGGGCCGUGCCGGAUCGCCCUUGGAACACCAUCACCUGUUGCAUCACAGACGAGCCUCGCUCUCGCCCUCAGGAGCCGUUGUGGGCGGGGCCAGCGGAGGAGGAGGUGGACGGGGAGGCGGUGCGGGUGGUCCAGGAGGACCGGGCAGCAGCCUACUCUCAUCGGUGCGGGCCCAGGAUGUGGCCCAGGCCAACAGACUCCUUCUGCCCCUGCCCCUAAAUGCGUGCCAUCGAUGCGAUGUGUGCGGCAAGCUGUUGAGCACUAAGCUCACGCUGAAACGUCACAAGGAGCAGCAGCACCUGCAGCCACUGAACAACGCCGUGUGCAACCUGUGCCACAAGGUCUUCCGCACCCUAAACUCGCUGAACAACCACAAGAGUAUCUAUCACCGCCGGCAGAAGAACCAUCACUCGUACUUUCAUCACGGCGCCGGAGUGGGCCAAGCGGGCAGUCCGGGCAGUCGACUUCAUCAGUCGUUGAGCUCGCUGAGUGCCGCAGCAGCGGCGGCCAAUAAUAGCGUCAAUGUGGGAGGGGGAGCGGGUGGUGCCGGUGGAAAUGCAGUGGCCGCCGCCGCAGCGGCAGCAGCUGCCGCUGCCGAACUGCUGCUAUCGCCAAUCGUUGGCGCUGCAGCAGUGGCCGGCGAUCAGCAGCAACUCUUGCAGCAGCUGUUCCACGUGGCGCUCAACAACUCCGCGGCGGCAGCGGCGGCUGCAGCGGCAGCAGCUGCGGCGGGAGGUUCCGGUCCAGGAGGAGUGGGCACGGGAGCUGGGCCAGAGGCAAUGAACGGCGGACAAGAGUAUGGAGGUGUACAGGGGCCAAGUGGCACGCCCACUGUUGAUCUUACCCAGCUGGAGCAUACGGCUGGGGCUGGAGGAUUCUCUGCUGCAGCCGCUGCCGCCGCCCUGCAGCACCACCUGCCGCACCAUUUAACCCACCAACAUCCGCUGUCGCAUCAGCAUCCCCACCAGCUAACGCACCCGCAUCCCCAUCCGCAUCAGCAUCCAUAUGAACGCAUGAAUUUAUUAGACCAAUAA